CUUUCAAAAAAAUCUGCUGUAAUUUACAGAACGUUAGGAAUUUCUGGGUAUCCGUUAUGGACGAAUUAGGAAUCUUGUUACCAUCGGCAAAAUGCCCAUUUAAUUCCCCUAAAUCAUUUUGCAUGACAUCAAAUUUAUUAGCUCAAAACACAGAUCCUGACACAGACGAUCUUUAUAUCAAGUACAAAAAGCUUCAAAAGCAACUUGAGUUUCUUGAAGUUCAAGAAGAAUACAUUAAAGAUGAACAAAAAAAUCUUAAAAAGGAGUAUUUACAUGCUCAGGAAGAAGUUAAAAGAAUACAAUCUGUACCUCUUGUUAUUGGGCAAUUUCUAGAAGCUAUUGAUCAAAAUACUGGAAUUGUAGGUUCAACAACAGGUUCCAAUUAUUAUGUAAGGAUAUUAAGUACAAUCGAUAGAGAGCUGUUAAAACCAAAUUCUUCUGUUGCUCUUCACAAGCAUUCCAAUGCACUUGUUGAUAUACUUCCACCUGAAGCUGAUAGCAGUAUUGCUAUGUUACAAGCAGAUGAAAAACCAGAAGUUUCAUAUGCUGAUAUUGGUGGUAUGGAUAUUCAAAAGCAAGAAAUGCGUGAAGCUGUUGAGCUGCCUUUAACACAUUUUCAACUUUAUAAACAAAUUGGUAUUGACCCCCCACGUGGUGUCCUAAUGUAUGGCCCACCUGGUUGUGGUAAAACAAUGUUAGCUAAAGCUGUUGCUCAUCAUACUACUGCUGCUUUUAUAAGAGUUGUAGGAUCGGAAUUUGUACAAAAGUAUUUGGGUGAAGGUCCACGCAUGGUUAGAGAUGUUUUCAGACUAGCAAAAGAAAAUGCACCUGCUAUUAUUUUCAUUGAUGAAAUUGAUGCCAUUGCAACUAAAAGGUUUGAUGCACAGACAGGAGCUGAUAGAGAAGUUCAAAGAAUUUUAUUAGAACUUUUAAAUCAAAUGGAUGGUUUUGAUCAAAAUGUUAAUGUCAAGGUGAUUAUGGCAACAAAUAGAGCUGAUACUUUAGAUCCUGCACUAUUACGACCUGGUCGAUUAGAUCGUAAAAUUGAAUUUCCUAUGCCUGAUCGUCGUCAGAAAAGACUUAUAUUUUCAACAAUAACUGCAAAAAUGAAUUUAUCUGAUGAAGUUGAUUUAGAAGAUUAUAUUGCUCGUCCAGAUAAAAUCUCUGGAGCAGAUAUCAAUGCUAUUGUACAGGAGGCUGGAAUGCAAGCUGUUCGCGAAAACAGAUAUGUGGUUUUAGCGAAAGACUUUGAAAAAGGGUAUAAAAGCAACAUUAAAAAAGACGAACAGGAACAUGAUUUUUAUAAAUAGUUUCAAAUGAUCUUAGUGUUUAAAAAAGAUUGUAAAUAAAA